GGGCCCGCCUAGGCCCGCCCCUGUCCCUCCCCGCCCAGCCUCCCGCGCGCCCCUGUCAGACUGUGGCGGCCGGCAGCGCGGUGCGCUCUCCCUCAGCCUGCAGCCCGACGAGGCAGCUUGCGCACGGCACACCCCCAACAUCCUAGCCGGCGCUGCCGCCCGAGCUCUGCUCUGCUCCGCCCUUCCCGCCCUGGGCCGCACGCCCGCCUGUCCGCGGCGACAUGGCACACGCCCCGGCACGCUGCCCUAGCCCCCGGGGUUCCGGGGACGGCGAGAUGGGCAAGUUCAGGAAGGUGGCGCUCAUCACUGGCAUCACCGGCCAGGAUGGUUCAUAUUUGGCUGAGUUCUUGCUGGAGAAAGGCUACGAGGUCCAUGGAAUUGUACGGCGAUCCAGUUCAUUCAAUACAGGUCGAAUUGAACAUCUAUAUAAGAACCCCCAGGCUCAUAUUGAAGGAAACAUGAAGUUGCACUAUGGAGAUCUUACUGAUAGUACCUGCCUUGUGAAGAUUAUCAAUGAAGUGAAGCCUACAGAGAUUUACAACCUGGGAGCCCAGAGCCAUGUCAAAAUUUCUUUUGACUUAGCUGAGUAUACUGCAGAUGUUGAUGGGAUUGGCACUUUGCGGCUUUUGGAUGCAAUUAAGACCUGUGGCCUUAUCAACUCUGUGAAGUUCUAUCAGGCCUCAACAAGUGAGCUUUAUGGGAAAGUGCAAGAAAUACCCCAGAAGGAAACUACCCCAUUCUAUCCUCGGUCGCCCUAUGGGGCAGCAAAAUUGUAUGCUUAUUGGAUUGUGGUGAACUUCCGGGAGGCAUAUAAUCUCUUUGCAGUGAAUGGCAUUCUCUUCAAUCAUGAGAGUCCCAGAAGAGGAGCUAAUUUUGUUACUCGAAAAAUUAGCCGGUCAGUAGCUAAGAUUUACCUUGGACAACUGGAAUGUUUCAGUUUGGGAAAUCUGGAUGCCAAACGAGAUUGGGGCCACGCCAAGGACUAUGUAGAGCAUGGACAACCCACACAGCAUCACUAUACUGAGUCAGAGGCUGCAGGAGGGACCUGGGAACUGUCCUCUGAACAUGUAGGUGAAGUGCAGCCAGAAGGGAAUGAAAUCCCACAGAUGAAGAACCUGACAUGAUACUGCAGAAUGCUUUUCUUCUUCCUACAGAGUGUGUGUAGGUUUUCUACAGCUACUGUUAAACACUUCUGUAUAAGAAUCUUUUGGGGGCUAGGGGUAUAGCUCAGUGGUAGAACACAUGCUCAGUAAUGGCAAGACACUGAGUUCAAUCCCUCACAAUGGGGCUUUUUAUCCAUGUCUGGCCCCCACUGGUCCGUGGGCAGGACCUGUCCUCUCUCCUAACCCCACCAUAAUACUCCUGGCCACUUUUCAUAUUGGCCUUAAGUUCUCUUUAUUCCCAUUCCUGAGAGCCCCCCCCAGCUGUCUCCUUUUGGUAGUCCCCAGCACCCCUCCCACAGCACCCUGAACACAGGGACUCAGUGCACAUUUAUUAAUGACUACUCUGCUCAUUUAUUAAUGACUACUCCAGAGAGGCAGACCGCAAGCUAGAUCAGCCUCAUCAAUUCCUAUAAAACUGAAGCAACUUUGUGUAUCAUCUCCAAAAUGCAAAAGUAAGUGUGUCUUAUUUACAUAAAUCUCCCUGUUAGCUUUCUAUUUUACCAUAUCUGCAUUUUUAUGUUUGACCUAUUAGUACUUUUUUGUACCCAUCAUCUAACAGAUUAGUACCCAUCAUCUAACAGUAUUAUUCAGAGAUAUUCUUGGUUUAACAAAGAGAGUUCAGAAUCUGAAGUCCCUUUGUGGCCUUUGUGAUAUGGACACUGGUAAUCUCAGUUGUUUCAUAUAUCAGUAAAGGAGUGCAGUAAGUCUAGGACUACUAUGCAACUACCAGCCAUUGAAUGCUUCACAGAUGUGAGGACCAGUCUUUGGUAUUAUUUUGAGCCUCUCAUGAUCACAAGGGUACUUCAGCCCACCUGUCCUAUGUACCUUCCACCCAGGCUCAGGCAGGAAAGGGCAGGCCACAGAAAUCUGGCCACCAGAAUGAGCAUUUCAUUAGCCAGAAACAUGUCUACUGACCACUCUGUUGGAAGAGAGGUUAGGCAGCCAGGUGUUGAGCUUCAAAUAUUCAAAUCAAGGAAGACAAGAUAAGGGUGUUAUAUAGAGAGUAUUGUUCAUACAAAGCCAGGUGUUCUGGGAGACACUUGCCUGAAUCAAGUCCCAGUACCAGGUCAGUUCUGAAAUUUUAGGGCAUAAGUGUGCACUGAGGGAGCUCAAAGCAUGUGGUCCUCCUACUCUAGAAGCAGGCUCAGAUUGCUGUCAGGUUGUUGUACUGCUUUUGGACUUCAUGCAAUUGUGAUCAACCACACUUAACCAGAUGUAUAAGAAGCCAGGGUAUAAACUGUGAUUAUAUCAGAGUGUGUAUUAAAGUUUCACCAAAAAAAGUUUUCACAAUAACUCGCAGAUGCUCAGUGUGUUUGAAUUUCCAAAAUUUUAUAACAGUGCUCAAGCAGAAUUAGUAGCUUUUCUCCCUGUCAAGAAACCCCCCCAGAUCUAAGUGAUAAAUCUACUGUAUUACUUUUCUUUUUUUCUUUUUCUUUUUCCUUUUCUGCAUCCAUUUACUGAUGUAGAUGAGAACAUAAUGCAAAACUAAGUGUGUCUUGUUUACAUAAAUCUCCCUGUUAGCUUUCUAUUUUACCAUAUCUGCAUUUUUGUGUUUGACCUAUUAGUACUUUUUUGGCUUUAUGAAGGAAAAAAAAGUGCUUCCCUCAGCAGAACCAUCUGGCUUCGUUUCCUGUUCCUCAGCAACUCUAUGUAUAUUCUAGCAAGGCCACCCCUGUGGUUUUCUGAGUGGUGUUGUUAUACUGGUGGUCUUAGAAUUCAACUGGAGUGAUGGAAAACUUUCUUUCAAGUCUAAAGUUUCCAAGGUGAAAAAAAAAUGCAUAGUAUUGUCAUUUUUUGACAUAGUAUUAUUUUUCCCCUAGAACUGGAAUAGAGUAUUUUAAAUUUAAAAGAAUUGCACCAUUUUAUUCUUUAAGAAAGAAAACUUGCUUCUAAAAUUUCUUAUACAUAGUGGCUACCGAAUUUGCUUAUUAAGGUAACUAGAAAUAUAAUCAGGACAUAAUUGCCAUGUCUGAGUUUCUUUAAGAGUCAGUUGACAAAAAUAAAGGAUCAAAUUUGCAACAGAUAAUGAUUACACAUCAAUUAUACAACUGAACAUCUCUGCUCAAUUCAUAUUUUGUGUGACAGAGGUAAAUGUAGAUCUAAUUUUGAAAGGUACUUUUUUGUAGUUAUUUGGGCCUUUAAUGUGGCAGAAAAAAAUCAAGUGGUCAUUAGACAUAAUUCUACAGGAGUGUGUGCACAAGAUUGUAAUUUUGUGUUUUUAUGUUAUAACAUUCCACCCAUUUUGAAAAAAAUCUCUUGCCCUGUAUGUACUUAUCACUUUAUGACAUGCUACAUUUAUUUUUAGAAACAAACAUCAAAAGGGUUUUUUUUUUAUAUAAUAUGUUUGUUUCUUCUCUCUUUCUCUGGUUGGUUUGUUUGUUUAUUUUUGAUAUUGAAUUAAUCAACCAGUGGGUAGUACAUUUCAUAAUAAGAGUGUCUUAUACCUAUUUAAAGCUUUCAGGCUUUGUUGUAUAAGAUAAUAAAGGCAAAGUGCUUAACCUAGUCCCCAUACACAUAGGAAGACUUCUACAAAGUUGGAGCCUUCUCCACAAGGCUUUGAUUAGAUUACAUCCUUUUUAAUGAUAGGAAUGAUAAACAGAAAAAUGACAGGAAUAUGAAAUCUCUUAUUCUUCCCAGGACUAAGUUAGAAAAAGCUUUAAAAUUAUAGCCUUAGACUUACUAUUUUUUAAAUAAAGGGUUAGAGACUUUGAAAGAAAUUCUGUACCAGAGGAUUUGAUUAUUUGAGGUUUUGUUUUCCCUCAUAGACAACCAGUCCGUGAUCCUACAAAGACCCAUUUUAGUCUGAAUGCUCCUGGAAGGUGUGCAAACUUGAAGGGAAUACUCAGUUUUAAUUUUAAGAGGAAGGAAAAAAGUUAAAAAUUGAGGCUAAUAAAAGUUAAUGAGGAACACUUAAAUCCUUUAAUGGUUCAAUUUAUGUUGCGAGUCAGGAUGGUUCAUGCCAUUAUUAUACGCGUGUGGCAACAUCCUCUCUCUGGCUAUAAUUCUUUUCCCUUGAAAAUGAGCCAGUGUGACAAGGAAAGGCAUAUCAUACUCUCAUGAUUUCUGUUAAUUCUUUUGACAAAUUCCAUAUUUUUUAAAAUGGGAAAAAGAACAAGCAAAGAAAAUUAAAAUAUAAAGGUCAGUUUUUUUCUGCCAUAUCUGACAGAUUACUAAAUAAAACACAGUUAUCAGCCGAGUGACCAUUUCUAACUGUCUCUUUGUGCUUUAAAAUUUAUUUGGGGAUGGGAAACAUUCCCCAAACCUAGAGGGUACACUUAACAUGCCAGUUUUCAUUUGAGAAGAAUUACUUUUCAGUUGUAGGUGUUUUGGGAGGUAGCCUGACUCAACAUCCAGUAUUAAUGGUCCAAAGAUAGAACAGCUGAAGUUCCUGCCUGGACUUCUCUGGGAGACAUUAGCAUGCCCCUGGACACAGUUUCCCUACCUCUGGUUUUGCUAAUAAGUAUGUAGGGAAGGCUUAUUAGUUUUAGAAAUGUUACUUUCAUGCCCUUUCUAUUACCUACAUCAAGUGUACGUGUGCAUUGUUGUUAGAAAUGUCAUAGAUCUCAGCCUACCCCUGACUGCAGAGUCCAGGCUGUGGAAACACCUCUUGUAUCAAAUCACUCAAGAGGGGAAAUUCAGUUGCAGGAUGCAUGAAAACACCAGACUGUCUGUGUUCAAUAGCCAAAAAUGUUGUAGACCAAUUACAGGGAAUGGCAAGUGCAGUGAACUUUGAAAACAUUUUUUAGUAAGUGUAAUAAUCCACUGAGUUACAUCCCCAUUCCAAACUUUUUCUUAAAAGCAGAAAGCAGUUUUUCUAUAGCCCUUUUUAAGGGUUAAUAAUACUUACCUAGAGGAAAGCUAUCAUGUUCAUUGAGGGCAUUAAUUUCACUUUUUUUUAUUUACACACACACAAUUUUCAAUGUGUGCAUUAUGCUUCUACAACUUACCUCCAACUGGAAAACUGAUCCUUCAUGUCCUACUUCCUCUUUUCUUGGGCUGAAGACUGGUGGGGGUGAUUGAUUGUGUGACUUGACCCACGGCACCUUGUUCUUGGUGAGUAGUGUCCCUCUUGCUAGAUUUUGAGUCUUGAGUUUUGUGCUACUGCUCCUUGUACCUCUAGAAAAUCACUUUGCCAUAUGGAUUUUUCUCAUCUUCAGAGUCAGAGACUAGAGUUCUGUGUAGUUCUAGGUUCAUAAUCUGAGAAUAUGAUUCCAGCUUAAUAAACAAUUCUUCAUACAAGCAUUAUUUAAUAUUUAGUGUAAAAUGAUGUUUUUAAAAUAUCUGGUAACAGAAUAAGGUGUUCUCUAGUUCUGAAUUUGAGUUCAUGUUUUAAUAUUAUGAAAUUACUAAGUAAAAUAACUAAUUCAUAUAGCCUAAUAUCUUUUUUUUCAAGUUUACAUCAGUUAUUCUGCACUAGUUUAAGAUAAUUUCUAUUUAAUUUUAUAUGCCAGGAUAAAAGAUGUUGUAGAAAGUACUAUCUGUUAAAAAUGUAAUUCAGGCUACUCAUGUGAUCUAUAUGAUUGAUUAUAAUUUAUAAAUUUUCUGGCUGGAGGUAUAGCUCAGUUGUGGAGUGCAUGCUUGUCAUGCUUGAUGCCCUAUGCAAACCCAGCAUCAAAAAGUAAAAUAAGCAAGAAAUAAUAAAAAUUUUAAAAUAUAAUUUCUAGUUAACCAUACUGAAAAAUGUAAAGGAAGCAAUUGACAUUGAUUUUAAUACUGUAGUUUAGUUAAUAAACUAAAUAUUAUUUAAAUAUGUAGAAGAAAUUUAAAAGUGAUUGAGACAUCUUAUACUCUGUUUAAAAUUCAGUAAGUGCUUAACACUUGAAAUCUCGACUCGAAUCAGACACACUUCAUGUCACAUGGCAGCCAUCACCUGCCUUUGUUAACAGAGGGAUUCUGCAUACUUGUGGACUUGAAAUUCGCUUUGUUAUGCAUGAAAUUGCACAUUCAGAACCCAGUAGUCUCCAUCUACAGUUAUCAAAUUCUGAAGAUAGGAAGCCAUGAAAAAAGAAAGCUGGGAUGCUUGUAGGUUACUCUCUUUUUGAUAAGCACUUUGUCAUUUCCUCCAUGGUAAGCAUGUGAUGGGAGGCCUCAGUGACCCUUACCUUGUCUUCAAUGAUUAGCUGAUGGGCCCUGGCCACAUAGCGCCCCUCACACUGAAGGAGCACAUACAAGACUUUCCCCAUUCUUCUCCCAGUUGGAGAGUUUUUCAGGGAAGUUUUGGAGUGGCUUUAGCUAGCAGCACUCACAGACUAAUUUCUCAGAUUUCUGAAUACAGAUUGCCCUUUGGGUAAAGCAGCUAAUUAGUACUCACUCUGAAUGACUACCAGGGCACCAGUCAAAAGCAGAGACUCUUACACCUCACAGCAAGAGCCUUGUGCAAUCCAAAGAAUCCCCAAAAGUUUUUAAGUAAAGGACCUAAGAAGGCUUCUAGUUGUUGACACAAAACUAACCAUAAGAACAGAGUUUGUACAUUUGGGUCUUUGUCAAGUCUCUUAAAUCCAUUCUUUCAGAUAGGUAAUUCAAAAGUAGGCAGAACUUCAAUUGUCAAGUGAAGUUCUAGAAACACUCACUUUACUUAAGUGCUUUAGCUUCAGGCCCAGAGUUCCAUUUCUCUUCCUAAGCUUUUCAGCUGCUGCUUUGUCUGUAGUUUAGCCCACUCCAUUUAAAGACUACCAAGCUGUACUAGUCACAAAAAGUCUUUGUUUGAAGGGACUUUCCUUAAGGCAGGAGUCUGGUGUGCUCUUUUUGUUCCUAAUGGCAGCCAUACAAAUGAAUUAAGCACCUGUAAAUUUACUGGUGUGAUGAAUGUCCUGUUUGGGGGAAGAGCCCUAUCAUCCUUUCCAUUUACAUAGCAUCUUUUCUCUGAGGAUCUUGAGGUACUUUCCUGAGCCAGUUGGUACAGUUGUCCUCAUUGCAGAGAUAUGAAUGUUCUAACUCCUCUGGGGUUAAUUACUCUUGCCUUUAGGGCCAGUCAUGAGUCAACAGAAAACCUGGGAUUUUAAUACACAGCUCUUAGUUUAUUAAUUUCUACUCUAAUCUUCAGUUAUUUAAAAUAUGAGUAAGUAAAAUAUAGCUGAUCUUUCUAAUACAUGCCAACUACUCAUAAGCAAGAGUCAUGGGAACAUCUGAACUUCUACAUCUUUUGGAAUCUCUGAGACAAGAAGCAGCAAUUCAUGCCUUGAAUUGCCUACUGUCUGCCUCAGGAUCAGAGUGAUGAUCAGAAGAGGUAACUAUGGCAGAAAGGGGCAACAGACUUUUCUUGCCUCUUUGUACCUUUGCUGAUAAGAAUGAUGAGACUUAAGUGACACCAUCUUUAUUGGAGUUUAUAUCAGAACUCAGAUUGUGUACAUCUCAAAGAAAGUUUUUGAUUCAAUAAGUAUUUUUUCAUAGAGAAAUUUAGAACAGAACUGGUAGUUCAUACUUGUAAACUUCCUGGCAAAGAGAAACCUGAGUUUAAAUUUUCAAAUGAAAAAAAUAUGAGAAAAGUAACUUAUAAAAGUGACACAGGGGGCACUGGUGUCAUAGCUCAGUGGUAGAGUGCUUGCCUAGUAUGUACAAGUCACUGGGUUCGAUUCUCAGCACUGCAUGUAAAUAAGAUAAAAUGAAAAAGUCCAUUGAAAACUGAAAAUAAAAUUUUAAAAAAUGACAGAGAUUGAGAGUAUAGCUCAGUGGUCGAGUGCUUGCCUAAAGCAUAGCUUGCUUAUUGAUCAUUAUUAUCUCUAAUACAUAAGUAUAUAAGUACACCUUAAUACUUGUAAGCACAUAUUUUCUUAAAACUUUAUUCAUUUGUAUUUUUGUAAAAUGCAUGUCAGCUCCACAGAGGCCCAGAAGAAGUCUUUCGUUGUCAUUCUGUGGCAUACUUGCUUUAUUAAAUUCAAUAAGUCAGUGACAUUUGCUUUAUGAACUCAUUGGCCUAUUGAUCUGUAAAAAGAAAUACACUGUAGAGAAAUUAAAACUUUUCCUCUGAAGCUUCCAUGCUUCAGUGUGCUGAAAUAAGCCAACAAUAGAUUAACAGGAAAAAAGGUACACGAUUUGUGCACUUAUGGAAGUGCACAGAUGCAUAGGAGCCACACAAAUGAUGAAACUUGGGCAAAGGCAAAUGGUUGAGGUAUAAGUACCCUCUUUAGAAGGGAGAGGGAAGGGGGCUUCAGGCACUUUUAGAAGAAGAGUAAGUGAUUUUGAGAGGAGACGAAUGGAGGUGAAAAACAGUGGCCUAGGAUGAGUUCCUCUGAGCUCUGGGUGAGUGUUUGAUUUUCAGUCUCAUCCUCUGUUGUUAAAACGGUAUUCUCCUUGCUUAAUGACAUUUCAGUAACAAGCUUGAAGGCACUUAUGUUCCUUUUUGGCAGAUCUGUAAGAAAAAAACCCUUCCCUUUUUACUGCCCUCAAGGUAUUUUCAGUUGGAAAUCUAAAGCAGCAUAUUUGGGUGUAUCCUUUCUGAACCCCAACAACCGUGUCCCAAAGGAAAGUGUUCCCAUGUGUUUGAAGGUUCCUUUAUGUGGACCCUCCAGGAGGGUUCACAUCAUGCUUUUGUUUAAUUCUGUACUGGCCCAAAGUUGGUGUUGGUUUUGGAUUUCUUAAAUAAAGCUUUCUUUAAAAUAGUUUUAGAAAGUUAUCUCUACAUAGGCCACAGCAUAUUUGUAUCAGAUUUGUUUGUUUAAAUUUUGUCUGAAUUCAGGUUUAAAAACUGGUGUCAUUGGAGUUGUGGCACUUGCUUUUCUAGAACUUGUCCACUGGUUUUUCAUCUUUCCCUCUCUGUUCCCAGGGAGCUUGAAGUGAUUUGAAUCUGUGUGUAUGUGGGUUCACAUUAACAUAGACAUGCGUGUGUAUGCUCAUGCUAUUCUUUCACAAAAGUCAACAACCAAUGUAGAGAGAAAAUAUGCAUUAAAACCAGGAUAUUAUAUUAGAGAAUAUGCUUGCAGGUACAAAUUUAAGGACCUAUUACCAUCAACUCCCAUCUUCUUUUUCACAGAUUAACAGAAAAUAUUGGAAUUCUGGCAGUACCAGUCCUGAUAGAGGAGUGGGUGCUCCUCUAUCAGGACUGGUACUGAUUUCCAUCUCCUCCUUCUCUGAAGCCUGGGACUGGUCUUGGGUAGGCCCCACAGUGGGUCCUGUCUCUGCUUCAGGAGCAACAGAAUGGCUGGGGAGUAGGACCUUGUAGCCUAGGCUAUAGGUAGCCCGGAUCCUGAUUAGAGGGCAGGUCCUACAGGACUUUGGCUCUUUUUCUCUCCUUGUUCUGUGAUACACAUAGUUUUGGAGCCAGAGGAACCCUGAUGUGCAGACCUAGGGCUUCCAGGCUUCACAGGUCUUGUGAAUGCCCAGCACUCCUCACCUGUGGCUUCUCAGUUCUUAACCAGUUCACAAUCUCCACGAAACUAGAGUACCAUAGAGUUUUGAUUCCAAAAGCAGUAAAUAUAUACAUUGAGGUAACUUUGACCUUAGGUUGAAAAAACUGGCAAUAAAAAUUAAAAUAUGCCAUCUUCAAUGAUAAAACGUUUGUAUUUUAUUAUGCAGUUGUUUUCUUCAACUCUGGUUAUUUCAUUUAUAGCCAUUAGUGUUUUGGUAUGGGUUACAUUACUGCCUAAAAAUCCUGGUGACUCUGUGGAUUUUACAGCUUACCCCAUGCUUGGAGCUUGCUUACCGAAUCCUGGCAUGCCAGGUCUCAAAGUUGGCACUUGACUAUUUGCAGAAAUGGGAAAUUGACCACCCACCAUACACAUGUGUGUGUGUCUGUACACACACACACAUCCUGAAGCCAGUUUAAAAUAUUAUAGCACUUCUCUCAUGUCCUCAUGCUCAAGCUUUAAGUCUAGUCACAAAACUAACAAUGACAUUAAUACUUGUCACAAGUAUCACUCAUUCAGUAGUUUCAGCUACAAAUUCUUGACUUUCAUAAUAGACAUUCUAUGUGAAUCUGUGAGGAAAGAUGGUGAAUACUUUUCACUUCCAUAGGAGCACAGCAGGUGGCAGGGACUCACAGCCACCUAGGCAUUCCUUCCCAAAGACAUGUCCCCAGACACCCUGUUAGAACCUCACACACCAGCAUCUACAACUGUACAAUUACACUAGAUGUGGGCACACGGGUGCCUUUGAGGUCCUACCCCUGGGUCCUCAGCACUAGCAUUAAUUGUGGUAAGAGCUUUGUAGGCCUUUCCUCAUGUGUUCCUGGAAGUCCUGCAGAAUAAGGGCUUGAUUCCCAUUUUGUCCCUGAAGAACAGGAGACUCCUCACACACAUAAAUAAGUAGCUAUGAGAUGUUCAAAUGUAUGUGUUCCCAAGGCCAAAGCCUAUGCUCUACCCAUGUCUUGGGCCAUGUUGCCUCUAUCGUUUUUUCUGUUCCUGUCCCUUUUCUUCUACUUCCUCUCUUCUCUCUUUUUUUUUUUUUUUAGCCCAUUUUCCCUACCGCUUUUAAGAAACUUAACUUUGCCUUGAACAAUUGUUGACACUUGCCUUUGUCAGCCAUGUUUUUAGUGACAUCAGGGAUGCUCAUCCUGUGCAGUCCAUUCCCCAUGAAGGUAGAUGGGGCAUUGUCAUCAAAGAUGCUAUAAUGAGGGCCCCUGCUUUAUGACAAGGAUCAAGGUUGCAGAAAGGCAUUCAAGGGCAUCAUCCUGUGGGCCCCAGCUUGGCCAGUGUCAGAGUAUUGUGAAGUGCUGGGUUGAGAGUGGCAGUGACCAUUCUAAUGGACUCAAGGACAUGCAGUGAGCUCAGCUCAUUGUCAGUAUUCCAGACAGGAGUGCCUGCCCAGGACAGAAAUUUAUUAGUUGAGUAACUUUGUUUUUGUUUAAUCAAAUAACUUUGCUUGCUUUUGACUUAUUCUCUCUACCUGAGAAAAGGAAAUCUGCCUUUAUUUAAAGAGUCGAAAGCUGUUCUUGGUGCUGAGGAGGGGGGAUCCUUUGGAAGCCCCCAUCUUUGCUCUCUAAGCAGCCCCAGGAAGGAGGAGCCUGUGCAGCCUCCACCCCAAUGCAAAUGAGAGUCCUGAUUGUCACUCAGAUUCCUGAGAUACCUCCUUUUCCCAGAGAUUAGCCUAGGCUGCCUGUUCUAUAGCCAUCAGCCAGCAUUUCAGGAACCAUUUUCUCUUCCAUGGUUGCAUUUUUGUUUCAUAGAAUUUCAUGUUAUUUAAAACUUGGGAUUUUAAAAACAGCAUUCUCAGAGGCCAUUCUCUUCUGACCCACUUGCCCUGCGGCCUUCGGAAGUCUGGAGGUCUUGUCCUGACAUCACGUGCCCGACAUUCAACAGCGCUUUUCUGUUCUGAGCCUGCCCUCCUCCCCAAAGCUGAAAUAAAUCAAAGUUGGUUGAGACUCAGUCGCAAUAAAUCAAGACCUGUCCAGAACUGGAGCCUGCCCAGUCAAAAUGUCAUAGCUUGGCUUUCACUGAGGAUUAAUUAAAGGCCUGAUAUAAAGCCCAGAUGUGCUUCAAGAGAGUAGCAAGCUGCCUGGUGGCUGCAUCUCCAUGAGUUUCUGCCCACCCAAGAAUACGGAGGAGGACUGCAAAGGCAUCCAGGGUUGGGAGGGCAGUGAGAGAGGGAGGUGCCCAUCAGCGCAUCUGGGUGGACUUUAUCUGGUGUGGAGAAAAUAGGACAAGCUUUCCAAGAAGGAGAAAAGAAAUCUGUCAGCCUAUGAGCACUUAGUGUUUAAAUGGACGCAGAAUAUAAUAGAUUAGAAAUCAUGUUCUAGUUGAAGACACAGAAGAAAAUGGACCAAGAAAAGGACCUUUUGUUGUUUAAAAAUAUGUAAUGAAACUUACGCCUGGUUUGCACUAAGCUUGUAAAUUUUUAGGCCAACAAAGCUAUGUAGAUAAAACACAUUUGAAGUGUUUUUAUUCACAGAAAAUUGACUUAGACAAGAAUAGUUUUCUGAUUUUCCAGAUUUACUCCCAAUUCUUCUUUCAGUUCUACAUGAUUUCCACAUCGCUAUCAAGUAAAAAGGUACUUGAUUAAAUUACUAUUGGAACAAAUCUCCAUGAAGUUGAAUAUGGAAAAUGAACUGAUCUCCAUAUGUAGGAACUCUGGCAUUUGAUAUAGAAACCAAUACAUAAUUUAUAAUUCAAAACCAUAUAUAGUGGCCAUGCUGUUGUGUGACUUAAAAGUUACCUCUUUCUGUAGAAAUUUGAAUCUCAAGUUGGGACCCAAAAAAAAGAACACCAUCAAAAACACAUGUAUUGACAAUGUUUUAUGAUGCUAAGGUGCUUACUUUCCUUACUGAAUGUCUGUAAGUCAGCUAUUAGAAACUUUAUAAAUAAAGCAAAUCUGAUUGCUCUGUAGUCCUUACUAGAUAAGUGGCAUUAAUAAUGGGAAUGUCUUGACAGGAAAAAUAAUGCUGUUUGUGACAAGAGAAACUGCUGGUUUUAUACAGUAUACCUUUAUUUUAACAUUAAACUUAUAUCAGGGGAAAACUCAGCUUUUCCCAGAAUGGCACAUAUCUUUACAGUGUCAUAUUGAUGUUUAAAUUGUAAAUAUGAAUAUUUUGAUUUUUGUAAAUUUAAAUAGCUUUCAGGUUAAGCAGAUUUAAGAGAUAUAUUGUGAUUUAACUUGAGCAAUGUGAAUGUUUUUCUGUUAUAUGAGUGAGCCGUAAGGACUUUUAAAAAAUAUCUGUUGGACUUUUUAAUAGCCACAUUAUAAGUGAUCUGUAUGGCUUAUUAGCACUUUUAUCUUUUAUCUAUGUUUAAAAUAGCCAUUUAAAUAGACUUUAACAUUCAUGUGCAAUUUUUCAAAACAGUGAUUUUCCAGAUAAUCUACUAUGUACUUCUGUUGUUAUAACUGAGGACUGGUAGGUCAUUUUGGUUAUUAAGGAUAUAUCAGCAUUUUUUCCCUAAAGUCUGGCCUCAAGAACCCUUUACUUAUUUUAGUUAAUAAUCUAAAAAAUAAUAAUUUAUUACAAGUUUGAAUUUUCAUCAGUCCAGAUAAUUGAUUUUUUUCAGAAAGAUUGCAGUUUUAUGCUUUAUUGCUCAGUCCAUAAAUAACUCUUACAUUUGCCAUUGCCUCUUAUUCUGUAUUCUCAAUUUAAUACCACCACGUUGGGGUGAGGAGCCUAGGACAGUGUGUCUCCAGAGUGAGGAUUAGGUUUUAAGAGUGAGAAAAUCUAGAGAAAUAAGCCUUUAUUAUUGCCCAUUUUAAAUAGUCCUGGAUGUUUGACUCUCAAUAUGCAAAUUUUAAUUGCAUGCUUCUAGAACAUUGAGCCAGUUGGCAUUUGGCAAAUGUGGUAUUCUCUCCAGAUUUUCUAAUCCAUUAGAUUUUUCUUUUAUUUGAUAGUUCAAAUUUGAAAUAUUUUUAUCUUUAAAUGCAAUUUUACCCUUUUUCUGUUGUACAGAAACGUUCCAAGCAACCACAAUAACCCUUCUUCCUGUCUCUCUUCUGUAAUCAUAUGGCCUCCAUAGCAAUAAUUGAUCCUUUAGUUGUUUAUGUAUGCACCCAACCAAAUAUAUUACUGAUUUCUCAAA